UCGUAUACUCAUUUGCCGGUUUAGGUUUACGCCUGUUUAUUCGACACGUUUUCCGUCUUUUUCAUUGGUUUUUCUCGCAAAUUGCAAUUAAAAAAUUAAAAUGGGCAAACAGGUGAAUAAACGUUUCAAUAGGCACCAGAAAAGACCGUACCACAACGAUAAUAGAAAACCCUUCCACAAUCGGCGACGUGAUGGUGGCGGUAGUAGUGGUCAUGGCAAAAGAGACGGAUUCGUUAAACGCGAUAGACAGAAUUAUACCGUUAGAGUAAGUUUGAAAGAAGAUCAGGUUGGAAUAACUGAAUAUGUGAGUGAGGGCAAAGGAUUUACUGGCGUUUUAAAAUCACGGUUCUCCGAUUUUCAUGUCAAUGAAAUUGAUCUUAAUGACAAAGUAUUGCAAUUGGAUAAUUUGGAAAUACCAGAGGCGAAAGAAGAACUUCUUAGCCCAGAGGAGUUGGAAAAAGCCAAGGAAUCGCUGAAGGACGUUAUUUCAGAAGAGGUUUGGAAUCAAAUUAAAGAUUUGGCCAAUGCCAAGUACGAUCAUAAUACUCGAAAUGAUGAUUCUCAAAUCCAUGUCGAUGUUACGGAAUUGGACAAGGAUAAACGUACCGAUGUUCAUAAAAUUAUUAAGAAAUUGUAUGAGGGUAAACUGGUAAGCUCCACCGUAGGCGGUGAACAUUUGGGCAAGGAAGAGGAAAAGAAAUUCAUACGAGUAAUGAAGCCUAAGGGGCGGGAUCGUAACCGUUGGACAUUCCCCGAGGAGUACGUGCACUUCCUAGUACACAAAGAAAACUUGGACACCAGUGAGGUGGCUGUGGGCAUAGCCAAUAAAUUGAAUUUAAGGCCAUCCCAAGUAAACUAUUGUGGUACCAAGGAUAAGAGAGCAAAAACAACACAGAAAUUUUGCAUUAAAAAACGAACACCUCGUCAAAUUGUAGGAGCCAUCAAGCAGAUGUAUGGCGUUAAAAUCGGAAAUUUUGAAUUUCACAAAGAGGUUUUGAAACUGGGCCAACUUAAGGGGAAUCGUUUUCGUAUUGCCUUGAGACAUUUGGACGGGGAGCGAGAAAAUAUUGAGAAUUCCUUGCAAGGCAUUAAGGAAAAGGGCUUCAUCAAUUACUUUGGUUUGCAACGCUUUGGCAAUAGUGCAACAGUGCCCACCUAUGAAGUAGGUGUAGCCCUUUUAAGAGCGGAUUAUAAAUUGGCUUGUGAACUAAUAUUGAAGCCAAGGGAAAACGAUAUGCAUUUCCUCAAGAACAUACGUGAGAAAUGGUGGAAAGACAGGGAUUCAAAGGCAGCGGCUGAUAUGUUUCGCACCGAUCGUUUCAUAGAAAAGAAACUGCUUGAUGGCUUGGCGCAGUAUGGAGAAAAUGAUUAUGCCAGUGCAUUGAGAAAGAUACCACGCAAUAUGUUGCUUUUAUAUCCUCAUGCCUUCCAAAGUCUGAUAUUCAAUGAAAUGGCUUCGCGCCGCAUAAAAGAAUUUGGUCUUAAACUUAUGGUUGGCGAUUUAGUAUAUCGCAACAAAGAUGAUCUGGAUGAGGAUAUUGAAAUUGCCGAAAUGGGCCAAGAGGAAGAAGUGGCAGCCAACGAAGAAAACUCAGAAGAAACAACGCCAGACAAUGAAAAAUCAGAAGAAACAAAGCCAGACAAUGAAAAGACUGAAGCAGAAAAUGAAAACGGAAACGGAAAUUCCAACGCGAACAGCAAUGAAUCCAUAUUCAAACGCAAGGUCAAAGCCUUAGAUGAAGAGGAUAUUAAAUCUGGCAAUUAUAGCAUAUAUGAUGUGGUUUUGCCAUUACCCGGUCAUGAUAUCACUUACCCAAAUAAUGAAAUUGCUUCAUGGUAUGAAGAAACCUUAGCCAAAUAUGAACUAAGCUCAGAGAAAUUGAAGCACAAUGUUAAAACAUUUUCCAUGGCUGGAGCAUACCGUAAACUAUUGAUAAAACCCUCGGAAAUGUCAUGGCAAUUCUGCUCAUAUGCUACUCCCGAGGAAACUCUUAUACUUUCCGAUUUUGAAAAGCUCGUAGGAAAAACCUUGGAUGAUCUGAAGGGAAAAGGCGGUGAGAAUAAAUACGAGGCUCUUGUUUUGGACUUUUGUCUACCCACCGCUGCAUAUGCUACUAUGCUGCUGAGAGAGUUAUUGAAAAGUGAUACCUCGGCAUCGCAUCAAUCUGCUCUAGAAUCAGCAGCUAUGAAGGAGGUUAAUAAGGAUACACCCAGCGAGGAAAAUAAAGGGGAAAAGCGUAGCGCCGAUGAGGCCUUGGGAGAUGACGAAGAAAAUGGUAACAACAGUGAAGUUCCCACUAAAGUGGCAAAACUUGCCGAAGAAGAUCAGGCUGGUGUGUAGAAUAAAUUCACUAACCCCUUAACAUACUUACUUUUUAGUAAUCAUUCAUCUGUAUAACAUUUUAUAGAUUAUAAUAAUCAAAUAAAACUUUACUUUAUCAAAGUAAUACAAAAAAAUAACAAUUUUGCUAUAUAUCUUAAA